AUAAUGGGUCGUAAAGCGGAAUAUAGUGAGAAAGUGAAAAAGGGACCGGGCCGGAAGGCACGUAAACAGGGACCACCCACAUUCCCCAAGAAGACAUUUGCUCCCAUGGAGGAAGAGGACAAAAAGUUGUCCCAUCGCCAGAAACAGCGCUUGGCCAAAAGACUGAAGAGUAAACAAAUCAUUAAGGAGAAACAAAAAUUGGCCAAGGAAAAGAAAUUCCAGCAAAGGAAACAAAAAGAAUAUCACAGUGACAGUGAUGAAGAGGAAGAGAAGGAACAUCUAAAUGGUAAUGGCAAGAUGGAGGUGGAAAGUGAAGUGGAAUCUGAGGAGGAGAAACAACAAGUGGUGGCCAAGAAUAACAAAGCCAAGCAAAAGAAAACUAAAGGUUUUACAGAUGAUAACCAAGAAUGGUUAAAGCCCAAACAGAAGAAGGCUGGCAAACAAUUCAUUGAAGAAGAAGCCGAGGAAGUUGAAGAGGAGGAGAGUGAUGAUGAGGAACAAGAUGGUGAUGAGGAACAAGAGGAUGAUGAAGAGGAAGAUGAAGAGGAAUCUGAGGACGAUGACGCCAAGAUUAAAUUGGGAAAAUUGGAUGAUUUAUCAGAUGAUGAUGAUGAGGCAAAUUCUGAUGAUGAUUUUGAUGUUUCUGGUGAUGAGGAUGAUGAUGAAGACGACGAAGAUGAUGAUGAGGACGAUGAUGAUGAAGACCUACUGCCCAUUGAAAAACAAAAUAAGAAAUUGAAAAAACGUGAAGCCAAAGAAGCCAAAUUGGCUGCCGAGGAAAUGCAAAUGUCCGUUGAUCAACAAGAGAUAUUCCAAUUCCCCGAAGAGGAUGAAGAAAAAGAAAUCACUUUGCAGGAAAUUCAACAACGCAUCAAGGAUGUGACACUGGUAUUGUCCGAUUUCAAUAAGUAUCGCCAACCUGACAGGCCCAGAAGUGAUUAUAUGGACCUGUUGCGCAAGGAUUUGUGUGUCUACUACAGUUACAAUGAAUUCCUUAUGGGCAAACUAAUGGACAUGUUCCCAUUGAGCGAACUUAUGGAGUAUUUGGAAGCCUCAGAAGUGGCUAGACCUCUGACUAUACGCACCAAUACCUUGAAGACCAGAAGAAGGGACUUAGCUGCUGCCCUAAUUAAUCGUGGUGUUAAUUUAGAUCCCUUGGGAAAAUGGACCAAGGUUGGUUUGGUUAUCUACAGUUCCCAAGUACCCUUGGGUGCCACCCCAGAAUAUUUGGCUGGUCAUUAUAUGAUCCAAGGUGCCUCUUCUAUGCUGCCUGUUAUGGCCUUGGCUCCCCAAGAAAAUGAAAGAAUUUUGGAUAUGUGUUCUGCGCCAGGUGGCAAGGGUUCCCAUAUUGCUGCUGUCAUGAAGAAUACCGGUGUGUUGUUUGCCAAUGAUGCCAACAAGGAUCGUAUUAAGGCCGUUGUUGCCAAUUUCCAUCGUUUGGGUGUGGUCAACUCCAUUGUGUCCUGCGAAGAUGGUGCUAAGUUUAGACAAAUUAUGACCGGUUUCGAUAGAAUUCUAUUGGAUGCUCCCUGUACUGGUACUGGUGUUGUUUCCAAAGAUCCCAGUGUCAAGACAACCAAAUGUCCCGUUGAUGUCCAGAGAUGUUACAACUUGCAACGUAAACUUUUGCUAACGGCCAUCGAUUGUACCGAUGCCAAGUCUGCUACAGGUGGCUACAUUGUCUAUUCCACCUGUUCGGUGUUGCCGGAAGAAAAUGAAUGGGUCAUCGAUUAUGUGCUGAAGAAACGUAAUGUUAAAUUGGUACCAACUGGCCUUGAUUUUGGCGUUGAGGGUUUCACCAAAUAUCGCCAAUACAGAUUCCAUCCAUCCUUAAAUUUGACCAGGCGUUAUUAUCCCCACACCCAUAAUAUGGAUGGUUUCUUUGUGGCUAAACUGAAGAAAUUCUCCAAUACCAUACCGGUGAGUAAGGAACAGCAAGAGGAGGAUGAGAAGCAAUUGGACGAGGGUAUAGCCACAGCUGACGAAGAAAAGGUUGAACUUCUCAAUGCCGAGGAUGGUGAGGAAGGAGCCGCUGAUGGUGAGGAAUUGACCAAGGGCAAAAAAUUGGGUAAACGUGCCGGUAAACCUGUACUCAGCGAAUUGGAUUUGACCAUUAAGAAACAAAAAUUGGAACAAAGCAAACAGAAAUAUAUUGCCAAGGUAUUUGAACCACCGGUAAAGGUACCCAAAAAGAAAAAGGAUGCCCCCGCUGAGGAUAAGACAAAAACAAAUGGAGAGGUCAAGGAUAAGAAGGAAAAUAAUAAAAACGAAAAGAAAAAUGUGGAAAAUAAAAAGGUCGAUUCUAAGACCACAGUUGAGGAGAAAGAGACUCCCGAAGAGAAGCCCCAAAAGAAUAAGAAGAAAAAUAAACAACAAUCCCAGGAAACUGUCGAAGUGAAAAAAUCAUCACAACCCGUUGAAGUAAAGAAACAACAACCUGUUGAAAAACAAAAGUCCACAGAGAAACCACAGAAAUCCAAACAGAAAAAUAAUGAGCAGAAAGCUGAAGAAAAACCACAACAACAAAAACCCCAACAAACUAAAAAGAAUAAACAGGAGAAACAAAAACAGCCACAACCAACAGCUCCAGCUAAACCACCUCAAAAGGAACAAAAGAAAUCGGCCGAAGCUUCUACACCACCCCAAAAGAAAAACAAAACACCGAAAAAUGAUGCCGAUCUGACUUCCUCACCCACCCUGCUCGAAGGUAAACCCAUUAAACAAAAUAAACUCAAACAGAAAUCAAAACAAGUGGGUAAAUUGAAAAAUAAUAAAAAGUAA